AUGUUCGUCCUGUUCCGUUAUGUCCUCUAUUUUCUGGGCUUCUACACGCUCACGAUGUUGACCUGCUUCGCUCUUCACGCCUUCCUCCCGAAUCCCCCUCGAAUUCUCGGAUUUAUCGCCCGCUCCAUGUCUGCCUACCUGACACUUAUUGUCUGCGCGGCCUAUGGAACGAUCGCUUCGGCCACGCUCAAGGUCUUGGGGCUACACUAUACGUAUGCUUUCUGGACGGUGGCUAGGGCGUUCAAGUGGCUUGGGAUGUACACCAUAGGUGUGAAGUUCGAUAUUCUUGACAACGGCGAGGAUAUUCUUAAUAAUAACCGGCCGGUUGUCAUUAUCGCAAACCACCAGACCGAACUCGACGUGGGAUUGUUGGGCUGGAUUUGGCCUAAACACUGUUCAAUCACAGCCAAGAAAUCUCUCCGCAAUAUUCCGUUUCUGGGCUGGUUCAUGACUCUCGCCGGUGCAGUCUUCAUCGACCGGGUGGACAGAAGCCAGGCAAUAAAGGCCUUCGAGGGAGCUGCCAAUGCCAUGAGGGAGAAGAAACAGAGUGUGGUUAUAUUUCCUGAGGGCACGAGGAGUUAUUCUACUACUCCUAUGCUGCUGCCUUUCAAAAAGGGGGCCUUUCAUCUGGCAGUACAGGCCGGUGUUCCCAUAGUACCGGUCGUGGCGGAGAACUACAGCCACGUGCUGAAUGUGAAGGCCAGAAGGUUCAAUAGCGGUACCAUCAGACUGACAAUUGUACUAGUCCUGGAUCCAAUCCCUACCAAGGGCCUUACAGCUGCCGAUGUCGACCAUCUAACCCGAGAUACACGUGAAAAAAUGCUCAACGUCCUCGAGGCUCUGGGAAGAGACUCGGCCUCGCAAACUGAGCGGAACAAAAAGGAAUCAUGA